AUGGUCACCAGGCGCCGGCAAAAUUCCUGCCCGCCCUUUUCCAAACAGAAAGAGGCGAUGAGCUUAUAUCAUGUAGGUGCAGAGCCGGGCACGAAUUUUACCGCUGCCUGGUGUGGUCGCAGUCCUUCGUAA